CACGGAGGUGACCACGCACAAGGAGGUGACCCCGGAUACGGAGGUGACCCCGCACACGGAGGUGACCCGCACACGGAGGCGCAGGCGCCGCCGCUCGGCCGGCCUGAACCGGCGGGCGGGGCUUCACGGUGGCCGAGCCUCAGUCCCCUGAGAUCUUCAAGUUACGGGCGCCGCCCAGACCCCACGACUCAGCCUCGGUUGGGGGCCCGUUUGACAGCGUGGUUGGGCGGGAACGCCACUGCAGAACGCGCGCGCGAGCGUCCCGCCAGAACGCUUUUGGGGGAAGCCCGCGCCCUCAGCCCCCGGGGACUUGCUUCCCACCCCACCCCCGCAUCCGGGAGGGUCUGGGAGACCGUCCGGCUCCCGCGCCCGCGAAACAUCUCCCGCGAGACCGCCCCUCCGCCUCCGCACCCGAUAGGCCGGAAUAGAGACCCCGCCCCCUCCUCAGCGGUUCCCCGCCCCACACGAAGGCGCUUCCACCAGCCACUCAUUUCUUCCCUCCAGGCAUCACGGAGUUCAAAUUCCCGCCGUAUUCCAGACCCUCCACCCCCUCGCUGCUCCCAGACGAAGGGCAAUGCGUUCUCUCGGACUGCGCACGCGCAGGCAGGGGCGGGCGGGGCGGGGACGCAGGCGCAGAAGCAAGCUCCUCCUCGGCGGUCGCUAACCUCGUGGGCCGGCUGUCCGCGGCAGCCAGGGGAGUCCAACCUUGAUUUCGGCGGCAUCCAUCGUGGGCAGCGGACUAGGAAAGGUCAUGGCGCCGGCGGAAAUCUUGAACGGGAAAGUGGUCUCCACGUUGGCAACAGAGAUGAUUCCAAUCUUUAUAUAAAUGUGAAGCUGAAGGCUGCAGAAGAGAUUGGGAUCAAAGCCACUCACAUUAAGUUACCAAGAACGGCCACAGAAGCUGAGGUAUUAAAGUACAUUACGUCUUUGAAUGAAGACCACACCAUACAUGGGUUCAUCGUGCAGCUACCUUUAGAUUCAGAGAAUCCCAUUAACACUGAAGCAGUGGUCAAUGCUAUUGCACCUGAAAAGGAUGUAGAUGGAUUGACUAACAUCAGUGCUGGAAAACUUGCUAGAGGUGACCUAAAUGACUGUUUCAUCCCUUGUACACCUAAAGGAUGCUUGGAACUCAUCAAAGGGACAGGGGUGCAGAUUGCCGGGAGGCACGCUGUGGUGAUCGGGCGCAGUAAAAUAGUCGGUGCCCCCAUGCAUGACUUGCUUCUGUGGAACCACGCCACAGUGACCACCUGCCACUCCAAGACUGCCAAUCUAGACAAGGAGGUAAAUAAAGGUGACAUCCUGGUGGUUGCCGUUGGUCAGCCUGAAAUGGUGAAAGGGGAGUGGAUCAAACCCGGGGCAGUAGUCAUCGACUGUGGAAUCAACUACGUCCCAGAUGAUACUAAGCAGAGUGGGAGAAAAGUUGUGGGCGAUGUGGCGUUCAGUGAGGCCAAAGAGAGGGCGGGCUUCAUCACUCCUGUUCCCGGUGGCGUCGGGCCCAUGACGGUGGCAAUGCUAAUGCAGAGCACAGUAGAGAGUGCAAAGCGUUUUCUGGAGAAAUUUAAGCCAGGAAAGUGGCCGAUUGAGCAUAACAAGCUUAACCUCAAAACACCUGUUCCAAGUGACAUUGACAUAUCCCGAUCCUGCAAGCCAAAGUCCAUCAGUAAGCUGGCUCAAGAAAUUGGUCUGUUCUCUGAGGAGGUGGAAUUGUACGGUGAAACCAAGGCCAAAGUCCUGCUGUCAGUGCUGGACCGCCUGCGGCAGCAGCCCGAUGGCAAAUACGUGGUGGUGACUGGAAUAACUCCAACACCUCUGGGAGAAGGGAAAAGCACCACCACAAUUGGGCUGGUGCAAGCCCUCGGCGCCCACCUCCAUCAGAACGUCUUCGCGUGUGUACGGCAGCCUUCUCAGGGCCCCACCUUUGGAAUUAAAGGUGGCGCUGCAGGUGGUGGCUACUCUCAGGUCAUUCCUAUGGAAGAGUUUAAUCUGCACCUCACUGGUGACAUCCACGCCAUCACUGCAGCUAAUAACCUUGUUGCCGCGGCCAUCGAUGCCCGGAUGUUCCAUGAACAGACUCAGACGGACAAGGCUCUCUUUAAUCGUUUGGUACCAUCAGUAAAUGGAGUGAGAAAGUUUUCUGAUAUCCAAAUCCGAAGGUUACGGAGACUAGGCAUUGAAAAGACCGACCCUACCACACUGACAGAUGAAGAGAUAAACAGAUUUGCAAGAUUGGAUAUUGAUCCGGAAACCAUAACUUGGCAAAGAGUGUUGGAUACCAAUGAUAGAUUCCUGAGGAAGAUCACAAUUGGACAGGCUCCGACGGAGAAAGGUUACACACGGACGACCCAGUUUGAUAUCUCUGUGGCCAGUGAAAUCAUGGCUGUCCUGGCUCUCACCAAUUCCCUGGAAGACAUGAGAGAGAGACUGAGCAAAAUGGUGGUGGCAUCCAGCAAGAAAGGAGAGCCCAUCAGUACCGAAGACCUGGGUGUGAGUGGGGCACUGGCCGUGCUCAUGAAAGAUGCGAUCAAGCCCAACCUCAUGCAGACACUGGAGGGCACUCCGGUAUUUGUUCAUGCUGGACCGUUUGCCAACAUCGCACACGGAAACUCCUCUAUCAUUGCAGACCGCAUUGCACUCAAGCUCGUUGGGCCUGAAGGAUUUGUAGUGACGGAAGCAGGAUUUGGAGCAGACAUUGGAAUGGAAAAGUUUUUUAACAUCAAGUGCCGGUAUUCCGGUCUCCGCCCUCACGUGGUGGUGCUUGUUGCCACUGUCAGGGCUCUUAAAAUGCACGGAGGUGGCCCUACGGUUACUGCCGGACUGCCUCUUCCCAAGGAGUACAUAGAGGAGAACCUGGAGCUGGUGGAAAAAGGCUUCAGUAACUUGAAGAAACAAAUUGAAAAUGCCAGGAUGUUUGGAGUCCCAGUGGUGGUGGCUGUGAAUGCAUUCAAGACAGAUACAGAGGCCGAGCUGGACCUCGUCGGCCGCCUCGCCAGAGAACAUGGGGCUUUCGACGCCGUGAAGUGUACUCACUGGGCAGAAGGGGGCAAGGGUGCCCUAGCCCUGGCUCAGGCCGUCCAGAAAGCAGCUCAGGCACCCAGCAGCUUCCGGCUCCUGUAUGACCUCAAGCUCCCCGUAGCAGACAAAAUCAGGAUCAUCGCACAGAAGAUCUAUGGGGCAGAUGACAUUGAAUUGCUCCCUGAGGCUCAGCUCAAGGCAGAAGUCUACACGAAGCAGGGCUUUGGGCAUCUGCCCAUCUGCAUGGCCAAAACACACCUGUCCUUGUCUCAUAACCCAGAGCAAAAAGGUGUGCCUACCGGCUUCGUCCUGCCCAUUCGCGACAUCCGUGCCAGCGUCGGGGCUGGUUUUCUGUAUCCCCUGGUUGGAACGAUGAGCACAAUGCCUGGACUCCCUACCCGGCCCUGUUUCUAUGACAUUGAUUUGGACCCUGUAACCGAGCAGGUGAAUGGGCUGUUCUAAACAGAUUGUCCAUCUUCAAGAAGCUACUUUGCAAGUUAGGCUUAGUGUGUAUUCAGGCCAAUGGGCAGGAGUGUGGAGAAGCCGAGAGAAGUCAGCCCCUGCCUCGAAGAUCUUCUGAAAGAAAUAGUGGGAAUUUCCCCCAAAGCCCUUCUUUGGUCUUAAUUCCUAUCAUCAUGUCUAAAUGAACAUAAAGUAUGCACACGUCUAUAUACUUUACUGAAAUUUCACAGAAUAAAAGAAAAUGAUUUUA